AUGUCCCAACAAGGUUCCGUGCGGAAACGGAAAGACGGCUCUGUUGUUGGGAAAGCGAAAGAGCCUGCGGCAACUGGCAUCGCAGCUCUUCGAGAACCCGACCUCGAUGCGUUAGUCAAGGCGAAUAUGGAGAUCAAGGCCCCGGGUGUAGAAUGGAACUACCGGAUCGCACUCACACUCAUCACGAUCUUGGCCUUCGUAACACGAUUCUGGGGCAUCAGUCACCCCAACGAGGUUGUCUUCGACGAGGUGCAUUUUGGCAAGUUUGCGUCCUAUUAUCUCGAACGAACAUACUUCUUCGAUGUUCACCCUCCUUUUGGAAAGCUUCUCUUCGCCUUGAUGGGUUGGUUCGUGGGCUAUGAUGGACACUUCCACUUCGAGAACAUUGGCGAUUCCUACAUUAACAACAAGGUUCCAUAUGUUGCAUUCCGCGCAAUGCCCGCUCUUAUGGGGGCUCUGACUGUACCGGUAGUAUUUGACAUUAUGUGGGAAUCCGGCUACACACUCCCGGCCUGCAUCCUCUCAGCCUGCCUGGUUCUCUUCGAUAACGCACACAUUGGACAAACGCGCUUGAUUCUGCUCGAUGCUACCCUCGUCUUUGCAAUGGCUUGCAGUCUGCUGUGUUACAUCAAAUUCUACAAGCUCAGACACGAACCAUUUGGAAGAAAGUGGUGGAAAUGGCUCCUUCUUACAGGCUUCGCCCUAAGCUGUACCAUUUCGACGAAAUAUGUCGGUGUAUUCUCGUUUGUCACAAUUGGAUCGGCUGUUGCAAUUGAUCUCUGGGAUCUUUUGGACGUUAAACGGCGCCAGGGUACGUUGAGUUUGCCUGAGUUCGGUCAACACUUUGCUGCCCGUGCCGUUGGUCUCAUUAUUAUUCCGUUCUUCUUCUACCUCUUCUGGUUCCAGGUCCAUUUUGCCAUCUUGAGCAGGUCUGGUCCUGGCGACGACUUUAUGUCCCCUGAAUUUCAGGAGACUCUAAGCGACAAUGUUAUGACAGCUAAUGCAGUUACGAUUGACUACUACGACAGCAUUCAAAUCAAGCAUAAGGAAACCCACGGUUAUCUGCACAGCCACCCGGACAAAUAUCCACUCCGAUACGAUGAUGGCAGAGUCUCAAGUCAGGGUCAGCAAGUCACCGGAUACCCAUAUGCGGAUGCAAACAAUCACUGGCAAAUUCUUCCCCUUCAGGGCGGCGAUGAAGUGGCUGGCCGUCACGUGAAGAAUAAUGAGAUUGUCAGACUUCGACACAUCGUCACCAAUACCAUGCUCCUCUCCCACGAUGUUGCCUCGCCAUACUACCCAACAAAUCAGGAAUUCACUACCGUAUCUAUGGAAGAUGCUUUAACUGAUCGCUUCAACGACACCCUAUUCGAGAUCCGAAUCGAAAAUGGAAAGCAGGGUCAAGAAUUCAAGAGUCUCUCGGGUCAAUUCAAGCUUAUCCAUAACCCGAGCAAGGUUGCAAUGUGGACUCACACAACUCCCCUCCCGGACUGGGCCUACAAGCAACAGGAAAUCAACGGAAACAAGAACCUCGGCCAAAGUUCCAACAUCUGGUUUGUGGAUGAAAUCCCAUCGAUUCCUAAGGACAAUCCACGUUUAGCGAAACAGGAACGUAAAGUCAAGUCCUUACCCUUCCUCCAGAAAUGGUUUGAGCUGCAACGAGCUAUGUUCUACCACAACAACGCCUUGACCAGCAGCCAUCCAUAUGCCAGCGAGCCUUUCAUGUGGCCAUUUUUGUUGAGAGGAGUGAGUUUCUGGACUCAGAACGAUACCAAGCAACAAAUUUACUUCCUUGGCAAUCCUAUUGGAUGGUGGCUUGCUAGCAGUCUUCUCGCUGUCUUCGCUGGCAUCCUCGCGGCUGAUCAAUUAUCACUUCGCCGUGGUGUUGAUGCACUAGAUGAGCGUACGCGAGCACGUUUAUACAACUCCACCGGUUUCUUCUUCCUUGCGUGGGCGACUCAUUACCUUCCAUUCUAUCUCAUGGGUCGUCAAUUGUUCCUUCAUCACUACUUGCCAGCUCAUCUGGCUUCAGCCUUAGUGACGGGCGCACUCCUCGAAUUCAUCUUCAAUGUGGAGCCCAUUCUUGAUGAUGCCACAAUGAAAGCCCAAAAGAAACUUACUGGCCUUAAGAAGCAUCUUCCAGCUCGCCAAAAGAUCGUUGGCCAGAAUCUCCUCCCGUCAUGGGCGGCUUUGGGAGUCAUUAUGGUCGUGAUCAUUGGAGGGUGGUACUUCUUCCUGCCAUUGACUUACGGCUACCCUGGCCUCACGGUGCCCCAAGUCAACGCAAGAAAGUGGCUUGGAUACGAUCUGCACUUUGCGAAAUAG